AUCACAUCAAUGUGAUGAUGGGCAGUACCUUGGAAGCUUUUUAUCCUUCCCAUUUUCUUUAUAAACAACAAAAACAUAAACACUUGGAAGCUUUCUAAAGGGACCAUUCCCACCAUUAAUGUAGCCCAUCUUCCUCCCUCCCCAACCUUCAUCCACCACUCCUUUCAUUAACACCCUUUUCUCUCUGCUCACAAAGACACUAACUUUAAGCAAUUUUCAUGCAAAUUAUGACAGAUAAAUUUCCGGGCCUGUGUUAUUUGACUUUGUUAUAGUGUAUUUUGCAAAAAAGACACAAACUUUAAGGUUUUUUCAUGCAAACUUAUUGGACAAAAAAAUUUCUGGGAUUGUGUUACUUGACUUUGUGUUAGUGUAUUUUGUAAAAUAGAGACAAACUAUAAGGCUUUUUCAUAAAAAUUAGUACAAAAAACUUCUGGCUUUUUGUUAUUUGACUUUGUUUUAGUGUAUUUUGUAAAAAAGAUUCAAACUUCAAGUCUUUCUCAACCAAAUUAUGACAAAUUAUUUCUGGGUUUGUAUUGUUUUAGUGUAAUUUGUAAAGAAGCUACAAUCUUUGAUUUCAAGAGUUUAGGCCCAGAUCUGUUUUUGAUGUUCUUGUUAGCUAUGAAGCUCCAGUGAAACUUGUUUUGCUUUUGUAAGAAUCUUGAAAAGUGAGAACUGCCAAGAACUAAAAGUUUCAAUGGGUGCUUGUUAUAGUGCUCAACUUUUCAAUAAUAAGAGCCCAUUUCGUUCAGGGGUAGAUUCAGAUAAUGUCAAUGAGCAUAGCACUUCAGGUAGUAGUAAGGUCUCAUCUGUGCCACCAACUCCCCGAACUGAAGGCGAGAUUUUGCAAUCAGCAAAUUUGAAAAGCUUUAGCUUUUCUGAUCUCAAGAUGGCCACAAGAAACUUUCGACCAGAUAGCGUGCUGGGAGAAGGUGGUUUUGGGUCGGUUUUUAAGGGUUGGAUUGAUGAACAAUCUUUUACUGCUGCCAAGCCAGGAACAGGCCUUGUUAUUGCUGUCAAAAAGCUUAAUCAAGAAAGUUUUCAAGGUCAUAGGGAGUGGCUGGCAGAAGUGAAUUAUCUUGGUCAAUUUUCACAUCCUAAUCUUGUUCAACUGAUCGGGUAUUGCUUAGAGGACGAACAACGGCUCUUAGUCUAUGAAUUCAUGCCUCGUGGAAGCUUGGAAAAUCACUUAUUUAGGAGAGGAUCAUAUUUUCAACCGUUAUCAUGGAGUCUUCGUUUGAAGGCUGCUCUUGGAGCUGCUAAAGGGCUUGCUUUUCUUCACAGUGCUAAAACUAAAGUGAUUUACCGUGAUUUCAAGACAUCUAAUGUGUUGCUAGAUUCGAACUACAAUGCGAAGCUAUCAGAUUUUGGGCUAGCGAAGGAUGGACCAAUCGGUGAUAAGAGCCAUGUUUCAACAAGGAUUAUGGGGACCUAUGGUUACGCAGCUCCGGAGUAUCUAGCGACAGGUCAUUUGACAUCUAAGAGUGAUGUCUAUAGUUUUGGGGUGGUUCUCCUUGAAAUGCUAUCAGGCCAAAGAGUAGUAGACAAAAACAGACCAUCUGGCAAACACAGUUUAGUUGAGUGGGCCAAGCCCUAUCUGGCCCACAAACGUAAAAUAUUUCGGGUUCUAGACAACCGCCUCGAAGGCCAGUACACACUAGAAGUAGCUCAUGCAGUUGCAAAUAUAUCAUUGCGAUGUUUAUCGGUUGACCCAAGGUUAAGGCCCAGCAUGGCAGAAGUGGUCAAAGAACUCGAGCAGCUUCAGGAUCCGAAGGGAGCCAGACCCAGAAGACACUCGAUUCAAGGAACCCGGACAAGGAAGCUAAGCUCUAGUGAGCGUGAUGCAGCCGCUGGCAGGGAGGCUGCAGCAAGGUUGCGGAAGUCGCUAGGCGCUCCUAGGUCGAACGACUAGGAGUUGGAAGUACUCGGGUCUAUGCGGUGAGUACUCGGUGGGUCAAAAACGCCAAGUCGGGGGAGUACUUGGGUCAACUCGGCGCCCUACCUUGUAACAAGUACUCAUGGAGUACUCGGCUCGACUCGGUGAGUAUUGCAACAGUGCAUUUCAGUAAAUGCAUAUCUGAGUUUAUAUAUGUUGUACAUGGAUAUUGAAGGUGUGGAGAAAAAAAUAAAUAAAAAAGCUCUAACUUUAAAUAGCCA